AUGAAAUUUCUUUUUUGCAUUUCCAUUUUGGCUGCAUUGGGCAUGCUAGUCAACUGUGAUGAAUUGCCUGCACCUUCCAUAGAUGAAGAUGAAGAUUGUUCCACCGUCAUAUAUGAUUUGAUAGACUGUAUGCCCUACAUGAGUUUGGACAGUGAUGUGAAGCUAGAUCCCUUGUGUUGUGAAGGGUUGAAAAUUGUUUUUGCUAUUAAUUCUAAGUGCAUAUGUGAAGGUCUAAAGGCUAGUACUCAAUUUGGGAUUUUGGUAAAUAUGACUAGAGCCGUUCUGCUGCCUUCUGCUUGUGGGGUUGAUGUUCCUGUGACUGAUAAUUGUGACUUGGCUUUGCCUCCUGCUGGGGAACCAGUUGGUCUUCCAGAUUUAUCAUCUCCGCAGCCUGCACCAUCAGAAGAGACUCCAACCUCACCUGCACCUAGUGAUGUAGAUGUUGUGGCUCCAACUCCACCAACCUCAGCCAGUGAUGGAGAUGUUGUGGCUCCAGCAGCAUCUAAAGCAGGAGGAAAUUCAAUUUAUGUCCCUUUCAUAGUCAUCAUCAGUCUGCUUCUUGUUUUAUCAUCUGCAAUGUGUUAG